AUGUCCAGCACUUCCUUCCUCCCACCUCCAAACAAGCGUUUCCUCGCGCUUGGUCCACACCAGACGCCGCAGACUGCAACAGGGUUCUCAGGAAAUACGGAUUCGCAACUCAUCACGCUACAGAGGGCCAUAGAUGGCCAAGACAUCACCUCGAUAUCCUCCGCGUGGCCAGACUUCGCCAGUAGCGUCUACCAAGUCGGUCAUUCCGAUCAUCGCAAACUUCUGCGCCUCUGCUCUUCCUACGCUUCCCACUUCCAAAACGCAACCCAGGCUCAGGACUGGGCGCCUCGCUUCAAGGUCUUCGCCAAGGCUGCAGCACUGACAGGAGACGUCGACCUGAUCCAGGACUGGUUCAAGCUUCUCCUUGCAAACGGGCAAGCUGAGGACGUUGUCGCCAUUUGGCAGAACAUCAUCGCUUCGCGCCUAGAGAACGGACCCGGUCAAACUCUGUCCACAGAGGAUGUGUCCGAGUCAGAGGCCCUGGCGGACGCGGAUCAGGACACAUUCGUUCGACUGGACAUCUCGAAGGACGGGAGCAGAGUCGACAUCCACGACAUGGUCUGCCUCGUUGUGCUCGCAAGUGCUAACUCAAGCCGCGCGUCUGAGUUCGUGGGUCUCUUUGACAAGCUCGAGAUUGGAUCGCCGUUUCGACUCUUCUUCAACUUGUCUCGCGCCAAGCGCUUCUUCUCGUCCUUGUCUCCCUCCGCAUCUCCCGCGAAGAAUGCGCGCGAGCUCCAGAGCUGGGACGCGAUGCAAUCUAAGCUGCGGGAUGCCGAACUCGCCCGUGGUCUCUCCUCUGGCUCUGGCGGGCCCCAACGUAUAGCGAGGCUUCUUGGAUCCUUGUUCCACUUGCGGCAGAUCGACGAGGCAUAUGCUAUCUUUCAGACAGCGAUGCAAGCUUCUUCCGGUCCAGAGGCAUGGCUUGCGCUCGAAUCACCCGGCGGGAUCGAGGCUUCUUCACCUGCCCUCAGAGCCCGAUGGACAGAAAGCUGCUGGUCAGUCUGCCUCUCCAACUUCAUUGCUCUAGGUCGCACUGACCUCGCCAUGGACGUCUGGAAGCAGCUCCAACGAAGACGAGUCCGUCCGACGCCACGCAUAUGGAACGCGUUGCUAGACGGAUACGGACGCGCCAAGAACCACGCCGCUGCCCUGCAGACAUGGUCGACUGCGGUCAAACAAGGCAGCACCGAUUCUGCCACGUCGGAAGAGCUGUCGGGAAAGCUACCGGACGAGCAAAUGUACACCACCAUGAUCAACAUCCACUUCCGAGCCAAGCAGGUCGACGAAGCGAUGGCUCUUCUUUCUGACAUCAAAGCCAAAAGCGACAGAUCCGGAGGCCAACUUCGCGUUCAAGUCGAGACAUUCAACGCUGUCCUACACGGCCUGUUCCUCAAUCGAAUGCACGCACAGGCACAAGGCCUUCUCGACGAGAUGAUCUCCAAAGGCCCGGCGCCCAACAUCGGCACCAUCAACACAUUCGUUCGAGCCCAUGCCAGGGUAGGUGACCUUCAGUCACUAGCAACGACGCUGCGACUGGCGGACAAGCUCAGGCUCACACCGGACAUCGUCACCUUCACCACAGUCCUGGAUGCUCUACUUCGCGAUGGUGGCGAAUCAGCCACGGAUGCGGUCGUCAAGACCCUGGGAAUCAUGAACGACAUGGGCGUACAAGCGAACGUCGUCACGUAUACAGCGAUGAUCAAGGCUUGUUUGGUAGGUGCAGAAGCAGCUCAGCUUGACCUAGCGUCGCAGAAUCUGCUGGGCGACGCGGACGGAAGGAAGUAUGGAAGGCGAUCGUCGAACGAGGCGCGCAUCGAAGCAGCGCUGGAGUUGCUCGAUCGGAUGCAUGAGGCCAAGGUUGCACCCUCCGAAAUUGCCUACAGCGCUCUGAUUGGCGGUUGCUUGCAGAACUCAGACGCCGUGGCUCACGCCUUCUCGACAAAGGCCCUACCCGACCACUACUUGACAUCCCCAAAGCUGCUAAAACGCCUAGGAGAGACACAGCAGACCAUGCACCAGUGGUUCAAGAACUCGCCUCACAUCUCCUUAACCCUGCUCCUGCUCGAGCGCAUGAAGGGACGUGGUCUCUCGCCAACAUCGACGACGUUCCGCUUCCUCAUUGAAGGCCUGUGCAGCCCGCACACCGACCAAGCGGCUUUCAUGCGAUCUAUGGAUCUUAUCGAUGACAUGCUCCUUCGUACGCCCCUCUCGCAGCCAUCACGUACAUUGGGGCCGUUCGCAUUGACAACACUGAAAGGCGAAGACGCCUUGCUCGCGACGUUGCACGUCCCGAGCUUCAAGACAUGGAUCACCAUCUUCAGCUCGCUCAUCGACCGGCUCGAGAAUGGACCCCGAGACAAGGUGGCCGUGACGACCGGCGCCAGAGCGUUGAACACAGCCAUCCGCCUUGUCCGCGAGAUGGGCUCGCUGUCAGGAGCCGAAGGCGGCAUGUCGCUCUCGCGUCUCGUGGAACGAGCUGCUUCGCUCACAUCCAAGUUGUCUCGCUGA